UCUGCUUCAGAUUCACACUUACAAAGUUCAAACUUGCUAACUGUUGACUUCAGCUCUGGGCAUCACUGCUAUUAUGAAGAUGAGACAUCUUUUUCCAGCGGUUUUUCUUGGACUUCUUACCGUGAUGCACUCCUCACCGAUUGACUCUAUGACCCAGACUCCUGCCAGGCCAGAGGAGGACGUUCUAGAAGAGGCCAUGACUGAUGGGUUCCUUGUUGAACACUUUUCUGGCCCCUCAUUCACAACUGAGCCACCCAAAAUAAACACAACAGUUCAGACAUCCCAGCAGCCAUCUUUGGAAAUCUUAUCUGAGGGCAGCGGUUUCUACCCUACUUCUACAACUGAAUCACACGAAACGACCACCACCAACUUGCAGACAUUCUUUGUUGACCCAACCGAGGGCAGUGGUUUCCUCGGGACAUCUACUUCACCAACAACCGAAACACCUGAAAUCACUAGAACUAUUUCUCCAUCUCCACAAGUGACCUUUGAAACCCCAGUUGAGGGAAGUAGCUUCACUGAAUUCCCUACAACAGAAUCAUCUACAACGAUUCAACAGACGAGCACAGAUUUCCUAGCAGAUGGUAAUGGGGACAGUUCAUUUUUCAGUUUAGAUCCCAUGACAACAUCUCCGAGUGCUUCAACUGAAUCAACCCAUACCUCCACAGAGGAGUUUGUGGAAUUGCCAUCCAUAGAAGAUCCUCUAAUGUCACUAGGCAGAAGCUUUAGCAGAGGAUUGGGAGCAAAUCAAGAGGAGGUCUUUACCGAUGGAGUUUCAACAAAACAAGUUCAUCACCCCCUUGAAUCAACAGAAAAUGGAGGCAUGCACAAAGGACACAACACACCUGAUUGGAUGAUCAUCCUUGGAUUUCUAGUUGGUCUGGCUGCACUUGUAGCUCUUUGCGCUGCCAUUGCUACCAGAGACAAAUGGAAUGGUCCACAGCAGACAUCUGAGACAUCUGAGAAAAAAACUAAUGCUUCGAACCAGAAGAGGGAGCUGGAGAUGCAGACUUUCCUGCACAAAGAAGAGCCCAAAGAGAAUGGAAUGGAAACUGAGUACACGGUCAUUCCACUGGACGAUUUUGCUGACCAUCAUUCAUAAGACUGAGUUUGAGAGACCGACCCUAUGCAGACUCAGCUGUUAAUCAUAAAACUGUUUCUAAAAGAAUAUAAUAUUUGAACAAAGGAACAAAACUUGACAGAAUAUUUUUUUUUAUCUGGCAGUCAAAAUUGUGCUCCAUUUUUCUUUUUUCGUAUUUUUUAAAGAUGCCUUUCAAAAGCUUUAACGAGACCUGCACUUGAAAUGUAAAAAAAAAUGGCUGAGAUAUUUAUUGCCAUGAUCAACUUUUUUUAUUACUUGUAAGAUAGACAACCGUUCAUGUGUGGUGCACAAAUAUAUUUCAUUCAACAAGGAAAGAUUUUAGAAUGUAUAUUAUCUUUUCCUCAUUUUUUUAACUUUCUUACAAUUGUAUUUUUUAAAAUGUGUAUUUGUCUUAAUAUUAUUUGAGUCUUGAAAGUUGUAUUAUUGAAUAAGUUAACGUGAGUUCUAAAUUAUAUGAAACUGCUUUGCUGCUUUCUUUUUUUCCUUUUUGCAAGCUGGGAGCAUUGUACAGGACUCAACCUGCUUACUCCACUGCUCUUCCUUCUCCCACACAGCACUUCAAAGAUUGUGAAAUGCACUUGCAGAAUAUUCAUUGCAUCCCACGUCAAACAGGAAAUAAACACAACAGAAACACA